UUCUCUUAACCUUUGUUCUGAUUUUGAAAUUAGAAUAAAAUCAGCAGCAUAUAAAAAUAGCUUCACCACGUACCCUGCCAACUGAAUGCCCUCCUCCUCAGUCUUGCUUAACCAUACCUCCAACUUAUCAAUGCAUAGCCCAAAAAGCGUGAGAGAUAAAGCACAGCCUUGCUUAACCCCAAUGCCACUGCCAAAACACUCUGCCGCCCUAUAGAACGUUAAACUUUUCUAUAUCCUGUUGCUGGAAUCGGGUCUCCCCAACUCAUUUCUUCCUCAGUUGCUUUCUCCUCAUUCCGACCCGAGCGGACAAAUAUUUCACUUGGUUUUGUUCAAGGAUUCCAAAUUCGUCCUUAUACAUAUCCUCAACAGGAUUCAUUGUCAUAUAGCGAGUUUCACUGUACCGCGAUACAUUUUGCUCUGCUUCAAAAAAAUCACGAAGUGAAAUCUGCGAAUCCUUGCAAUCCCAGAUUAAUAAGAGCUUUAAUGGACACCAAGAAAGAAGCAGAUACAAUUGGGCAUUCCCAGGCAGAGCCCCAAUCCAUGAAGGUUCUAUUUGUCGAGAUGGGUGUUGGCUACGAUCAGCAUGGACAAGAUAUUACUGCAGCAGCUAUGCGUGCAUGCAGAGAUGCAAUCAGCUCAAACUCAAUCCCAGCAUUUCGUACAGGUGCUGUACCAGGUGUCAGUUUUGAACAGAUGAAGGUGAAAAUAAAGCUAGGUGUUCCUCAUUCUACUCAAGGCUUUCUUGACAUUGAGAGAGUAAAAUCUGUCUUUCCAUAUGGCAAUAUUGUAAGUGUUGAGGUAGUAGAUGGUGGGUUGGUGUGCUCCAGUGGAGUUUGCUUGGAAGCCAUGGGAGAUAAAAAUGAUGAUUGUUACAUUGUUAAUGCUGCAGUAUAUGUAGGCUAUUAAAUUUUGUUGUACAACAUUGAGGGUCUUAUGUACAUGGCCCUGGCAUCCUGAGUUUUGCACUUUAUAGGUUGCUUUAGCUAAAGUUGAAUAAUGAAAGCAUUUAAUCUAUUCCUGUACAAAGUUUUUAAGACAUGCAUUGGAAAUUCUUCAGAAGAGAAAAAUUCAAUGCUUCUCUUGAAUCCUUUGGCAAUUUUUGUGAAAUGGCAGAUGGCUAUGUUCAUAUAUGUUGCAAUAAUAUUAUUCCUAUAUUAAUAAUCCAUUUUGAAAUUACAUGCUA